CGAGACAGUAGAGGCUUCCAGGACCUGCGUGGUACGACUUUUCCCUGAGUUAAUAUGGCGGGUUAGCCACUGAUACCGUCGUGAGGAUUAGGAGGCAGGGAUUUGCCUGCGAUCUCCUCAGCGAUGGCGCUUUGGCCGCGGCUCUGGAAGUCGAUGUUGGUUCUCAGGAAUCCGGAGUGCGGGUUUGCAGCCCUCUCCAGUGCCACGCCGGCGGUGGAGCCUCAAGUGGAGCCCCUGGGAAAUGAAGCCGUCGCGCCGGAGUUCACCAACAGGAACCCCCGGAAUCUGGAGCUCUUGGCUGUAGCCAGGAAAGAGCGGGGUUGGGGGACAGUGUGGCCCUCGCGUGAGUUCUGGCACAGGCUGCGAGUUAUAAAGACUCAGCAUCAUGUAGAAGCGAUUGUCGAGCAUCGAAAUGGCAAGGUGGUGGUUUCAGCAUCCACUCGAGAAUGGGCUAUUAAAAAGCAUCUCUACAGAACCAGAAACGUGGUGGCUUGUGAGAGCAUAGGCCGAGUGCUGGCAGAGCGGUGCUUGGAGGCAGGAAUCAACUUCAUGGUCUACCAGCCAACCCCUUGGGAGGCAGCCUCAGACUCGAUCAAACGUCUGCAGAGUGCCAUGACGGAAGGUGGCGUGGUGCUGCAGGAGCCGCGCAGGAUCUAUGAGUGAAAUGGAAGCAUAGACAUUUUGAACAUGUAAAUCUAAAACUGUCAGCCUCUACAGCCAUCAAAGAAGGCGUUUGGAAGAAAAACCAGCUUGGAAGUUUUGUAGCAAUGAUGUAACAGUGGAAGAUUAUUUGUAGUUAAGGUCAUUCCCCUCCCCUUUGUGUAUGGUGGUUUUGUUGUUUUAAUCAAGUGCUAAAUUCCUCUCUCUUCUUGGAGUUGAGAGAAGUACAAAGCAGACACCAAUUAACUUUUGAAGAGCAAAUUAAAAGUUGCUUGUAAGUUACCAAAUAAAGGCAUUUAUGAACUCUUG